GCCGAUUUUUUCAGGGUAAUGUAGCUAACUUCACCUAUAUUUUGGUUUUAAAACCUUUUGUUGACUAUUGACAUUGACCUCAACUCAACCUUUGGACUUUUUUCCUUGUCCAAUGGAAUGGAGAGAUUGUAAAAAUAUUCAUUGUUCUUAAUUACAUACGAACAAUUCGAAUGGGUACCAAGUUCGUUUCAAUCAGUUAGUAAGUUAUUUUUGUUUGCUGUGCCAGUAUGUCUUUGAUAACCAGAACCCUACAAAAAGCAUGUCUCCUAAAACAGAGAGGCAUAGCCUCCCUGGCGGCCCUUCCAGAAACCCAUCAAAUGCUCCAGAAAACAUGCAGAGACUUUGCCGAUGCCGAACUGAAACCUGUGGCAGCCAAACACGAUAGAGAGCAUUUAUAUCCGGCAGAGCAAAUUUUAAAAAUGGGAGAAUUAGGACUGAUGGGAUUGAUGGUACCAGAAGAAUUAGGCGGCACCGGUCUGGAUUAUGUGGCAUAUGCUAUUGCUAUGGAAGAAAUUUCUAGAGGGUGUGCUAGUGCAGGAGUAAUAAUGUCAGUCAAUAACUCUUUAUAUUUAGGCCCAAUAAUGAAAUGGGGCACUCAAGAGCAAAAGGAAAAAUGGGUCAGACCUUUUACAGCAGGAAAAAAGAUUGGAUGUUUUGCUUUAUCGGAACCAGGCAAUGGUUCAGACGCAGGAGCCGCCUCGACAACAGCGACACUUGAAGACAAUAAUUUCGUUAUAAAUGGUACAAAACAAUGGAUUACUAACGGGUUUGAGAGUGAGGCGGGAAUCGUAUUUGCCACAACAAAUAAGGCCCUGAAGCACAAAGGCAUAUCGGCAAUCAUCAUACCAAAACCUGUAGAUGGAUUAGAUCUGGGCAAAAACGAAGACAAAUUGGGCAUAAGGGCAUCCUCCACUCGGGCUCUGAUGUUUGACAAUUGCAAAGUUCCCAAAGAGAAUAUUUUGGGGGAGCCUGGCCUUGGAUUCAAAAUAGCCAUGAUGAGCUUGGAUUCUGGUAGAAUAGGUAUCGCUGGGCAAGCUUUAGGUAUUGCUCAGGCUUCUUUGGAAGUGGCUUUGGAUUAUUCUUCGAAAAGACUGAGCUUCGGAAAUCAACUUUAUAAGCAUCAAAUAAUCCAAAGUAAACUAGCCACAAUGGCUACCAGACUGGAUGCCGCAAGAUUACUGACAUGGAGAGCUGCCUGGCUAAAAGACAACCACCAACCUUUCACAAAAGAGGCAGCAAUGGCUAAAUUGGCUGCAAGUGAAGCUGCCACGUACUUGAGCCAUCAGUGUAUACAGAUUUUGGGUGGAAUGGGAUAUGUGAGUGAUAUGCCUGCUGAAAGGCACUAUAGGGAUGCGAGAAUAACUGAAAUUUACGAAGGCACUUCCGAAAUUCAAAAGUUGGUUAUUGCUGGAAAUUUGAUUAAGGAAUAUGGUCUUUGAGUACUCGAGUAGAUUUUAAGCAAAUAAAUUUAUUAUGUUAAGUACAAAAAAAACAAACUAUUACAUUAGUUUAUUGUCAGAUUAACAACCCAAAUGUGCCUCAUAAUUUUUAAAUUGUUGUCAUUUAUUUUAUUUAUUAAGUUCCUAAAGUAAUACACAUUAUAUAUUUAUGUAUUUUUUGUAUACCUAAAUUCUAAAUAAAUCUUUCCGAAUAUACUCUGUCUCUAUAGUUUGCUAGCUUCAGGUCUGCAGUUAAUUGAAUCAAUGCCUUUAUGAUAAUCAUCGCUUACGAAUAAUAUUCAAAACCUAGUAAUCGCAGGAGUGAUUUUUUGUUCAGUUCCACCCAUUUGCUUUUCCCCCAUCAAGGUUGCUUUUAAAUUGUUUUCCUUAGUUUUCUACAUAUAAUUUUUUCAAUUUCACCUAAUGAGUACCUGUUUCCUGCUGAUUCAUAAGAUAUGACCGUCCAAAUAAGAAUUAGUCCAAUUAGUCUUUGAAUUAUAAUUUUUAUUAAACAAAUGUACAACAUUCUGGUUGAUGUCCAACAGAAGAAAAAGCAAAAUAUUCAAAUAACUUAGGUAUCUAAAUUUUUUAGCAUCAAACAAAAACUUAAUUAUCAUUAGAAGACACCAAAAGAAAAGUGACCUCAUCCAUUGGAACAAUGAUUGUUCUGGGUAUCACAGAUCCACUAGAGGUUUAAGGAUACAAAAAACUUGAAAAAAUUCUAAGAAAUGCAUUUACUUAAUGAUAAAAAAAAAAUAAAAAAAAAAGUGGACCAAUAACCAGAAAAUCUUAUUUUACUAUAGCGAAAUAUAUAUCUUAGCAUUUGAAUAUCGAUAUUAAAAUACCAAGCAUUAAAAAUUGAACAUUUAAGUCAAGAACACAUUUGCAUAUUACAAAACUUUCACCAAUAAAGCCAUAUUUAAAAUAGGUACUACAAACUGAAAAAGUCAUUACAUUAAUGACAAAAAGAGAAAAAGUAUUGUCAGUUUGUCUUUCUACAAUGAAUAAAAUUUUCUACUUUUAAGUCCACAAUUAAUUUUUAAUUAAUUUAUUUAUUUAGUAAAAGUUUUUUAAGGCGAGUUCAUAGUUGAUAGUUCAAAAGACAAAUUUGAUUCUAAUCAGCUGGUCUCUUUUCGCUAUGCUUUUUCGUAUAUUCCUCAGCAUUUUUAGUAAAUUUUUUCUUGUCCUUCAAGUAUUCUUCGGCUAAGUCUGCCCUAAGAGGAUGCUCGGGUUCCGGAUCGUUUACUAAAGCGACAAGGGCUUGAAUCACUUGGUCCGUUUUGGUGGCCGGUUUCCAAUUUUCCGCGCUAAUUAUUGGUAAGCACACUUGGCCCUUUUCAUCAAUAUUGGGAUGGUAUAUUUUAGUUUUAAAACUGAUUUUUGGCGGUUUGAAUGGAUAUUCUGCAGGGAAAUUGAUUUCUAUUUUAAAUGCUCCUCUAUUAUAUGGGGGACUAUCCUGAA